AGAUUGAAAUGAAAAGAUUGAACUCUUGCUCAGUUUCUAGUGACUUCCAUUUCCACUAAACUGCAAUUUCCCCUCUUCCCCGAAAGCUUAGUUCUAUGGCGUCGGUUCAGUCCCUGGCUUUAGCACAAUUAGCAGGUGCAGUGGAGCCAUCUAUUACUACUACUACACCCAUAACUCUAUUUAAAGCUUCUUCUCCUUCGUUAUCUUCAACCUUCUCGUCCUUCAAAUUCAAUGCUCCCGUUUUUUCUCGUCUCUCCACUUCAACAAGAUUCUCUCAUAACGUUAAGAUUAAAGCACAACAAUCUGAAGCCAGUGUAGCCGUAGAUGCCUUUACUCAAUUCAAACAUCUGCUUCUGCCUAUUACUGAUCGGAACCCAUAUCUCUCUGAGGGAACGAGACAGGCUGCUGCAACUACUGCUGCUUUGGCGAAGAAGUAUGGAGCAGACAUCACAGUUGUGGUUAUUGAUGACAAGCCACAAGAGUCGCACCCUGAGCAUGAAACACAACUGGCCACCAUUCGUUGGUAUUUGUCUGAAGGUGGGUUUCAGGAAUUUAGGCUCCUGGAGAAACUGGGGGAAGGAAGUAAACCAACAGCCAUAAUUGGUGAGGUUGCUGAUGACCUGAGUUUAGAUUUGGUGGUUUUAAGCAUGGAAGCAAUCCAUUCCAAGCACGUCGAUGCAAAUCUCCUAGCCGAAUUCAUUCCCUGUCCUGUGUUACUUCUACCCUUGUAAGAUGAAGGAAUCUGGCUUGAAGUCCCCCUGGUGAUCUUAUUGGUUUAAUCACUGUUUAUUUCUUGUGGCAUCAUGGUGACACCAGAAUAUUGAGUUGAGGUUUAUUGUACAGAAACCUGGCUCUUCGUAAUUGUAUUUGUAUUUGUAAGUGACUAUGAAAUCAAGGAAAUAAAUGAUCUUAAUUUUUGGUGCUAAA